UCUUCUUCACUACGCAAGCGUCCAUUAUUUAUUGCGGUUGACAUCAGCGGUACGUGCCGAGAAUUGCUAGGCUGUUUUGGGUCGAGAUAGCUCGAGAUUGGGGUUCCGCAUGGUUUCAUGCCCAGGCCAUGGACGAUAGACGAUAGACGAUAAACACAAAUACCAGGAAACAAGUGACCCUUCAGAAUCACUGGUGAUUCCGAAACCCUAGCCAAUGCUCAGGGUCGAACAACUGCUUGUGGGAUCCUGAAGCUACUGAGCUUCUCCGGGUCCAAUGGCGGGAGCCCCUCCAACUGGCAGGUCCAUAUUCCCACGCGGGCCCAACUUCAACUUGGAGACCUUUUCGGACACAAACUUUAUUGUAAAAGAUUUUGUUGAGAGCCUCUCGGAGAGCACGAUACCGAUUAACCGGCGCUCUGCACCAGCAUCACAGCAAGCUUUCGAUCCCAAGCCUCUAAUCCGCGCGUUCGAGGGCGCAUUAUCGCAGCUUGCGACCCUAUCGGACGAUCUAGAAGAGCGCGAGACAGAGCUCCAAACAGCGGUGCGACGAGCAGAAAUCGAACAUGAGAAAACGCUGGACAGCCUUGGGAGGAAACUGGAUCAAUCUAUAAACUCGUACGAAAAACUCGAGGGAUCCUUAAACCAAGGAGGGGUACAAGAGAGCGAACGGAACAGUCAAACAGAUGCAGGAGGGAAUGUUGCCGUCCAACUCGGCGAGAAGCUAGAGGAUUUGGACAAGCAGCGAAGGCGUGCAUUGGACGCCCAGUUCUUGAUACAGUGCUGGCUCGAGGUGAGCGACACUGGCGAGCUUACAUCUUUGGAGGAGGUACGAAGACAAGGAAAUGGAGAAGGCAAAGUCCGAUGCGCCGUUAUUGCCAGACAACUCAUGAGAAUCAGCCAAAGGCUUGAUCCGAAAUCUUGGCGACAAGCAAACGCUGGAAAGAAAUCGAAGGUGUCCGUGGAUGAGCCUGAAGAGCACGGCGGAUACAACACGAAAGAGCUGAUAGAGAAGUUCUCGGAAACCUUAGAGAAGGACCUUCUCACACAGUUUGACGUAAGUUAUCGAAAGCAGAACUACGACAAUAUGAUGGAAUGCGCCAAAGUGCUACGGGACUUCAAUGGCGGUUCAAGUGUCGUUGCUUUGUUUGUCAAUCAACAUCAGUUCUUUAUCGAUAGGAACCAACUAAUUACAGAAGAGGUGGUAACUGAUGGCGACACGUGGGAACGGCUCGCAGAUCCAGACGUAGAACCCCCGGGUGUUGAACCUAGCUUGCAGUCUCUUGUUGAUGAAGUCAAAAUUGUUAUGCAGGAGGAAUCAUUCAUCAUGAAGCGCGCAUUCCCAUAUUAUGAUGUCGUGCUUGCAAAAUUUACUCAAAGAGUGUUCCAGCAAUCUAUACAACAAAGGCUGGAAAUGGUAUUGGAGAAUGCGGACACCAUCUCAUCUCUGGCAUUCCUACGGUCACUGCAUGCCUCAAGAGCCUAUAUCAACAGCCUUGUGGAAGAUUUAAAAUCACACGGCCUUACUGAGCACCCUGAUUCUUGCUCUGCGGCAACAACACUGGUGCUGGAGCAACAGGUUGAUGAGCUCUUCAUCCCCUACCUUGUUGGCUCAUCAUACAUCGAUCGAGAAUGUCAGAGUCUGGAGGAACUUUACUCCUCGUUGUUGUUCAAAUUCACCAUAUACCACUCCAGGCGGAAGAAGACUCCCACCGGGUUCAUGGCAUCAUUGGCCCAGCAGGGUACCCAGUUACUGGCGACCGCCAAAGACGCCUAUAUUGACCGACUCGACUCAUCCGAGCUCACGCCAACCCAGAAAGCCAUGAUGUUGAGAGUCGCCGGCUUAAAGGGAAAUGAAAACAAGAAUGAAAUUGAAGUCUCGGAGGAGGAUGGGGUUCUGAGCAUUCCCAAUGCAAAGCGCAUGCUAAAGUGGCUGGCGGAAGGCGUUCGAAGAGCUCUUGAGCUUAGUGGCGGCAGCGAUACCCCGAAGGAUGUCUCUGUUCUUCUGAGCAUGCUCUUGACGAGCAUGGGCCAGGUGUACGUGGAAACCGCUUUGGACGCUGCGAACGACCUAGGGUUGGCACAGGAAUCGUCCAAGGUAGAACCUGACCUUGCAUAUUUCCCAGCAUUACGACAAGCAAUCACUAUUACAAACUUGAUGAACCGAUUCAUUAACACGGUUCUCAUCCGUCUCGCUGAAACAAACACGACUGUACGUCGUGACAUGGAAAGCAAGACAAAAGAGGCCGUGAAGCGUAUGGAAGACAAGACAAGUGCCAUCAUCCAAAAGACGAUUGAUGUCGUUGCUAGUUGGGUCACCAAGGUUCUCGCUGGCCAAAAGAAAUUAGACUUCCGCCCUCGGGAUGCUGACCUCGAUAUCGGCCGUGGCGGAACCAGUUAUCUCGAGCAGCUGCAAACCCCUACGUGCGCAGCUAUCUGCACAUUUCUUACCAAGACCAACCAUGUCGCGGCUCAGGCUCUUGACGGCCAGAACUUCGAGAUUUUCAACUCCGAGCUCGCCAUCUGUAUUCGCGAUCUCCUCUUUGAACAUUUCAAGAAGUUCCAGGUUAACGCCACAGGCGGACUGAUGGUAACCAAGGACAUGUCCAAGUAUACUUCUACUCUGAAGGAGUGGCGAUUGAAGAAGGAUGUCGAGAGUAGUUUGGACAUUCUAAGCGACAUAGGUAGCAUAUUCAUUAUCGGCUCAGAGGCUCUCAGGGAGAGGUCGAAGAACAUCCAAACAGGGCCUAUGAACAAGGGCCUUGAUAAGCCGGAUUUCCGGGCCUUUGUGAGCAAGAGGGAUGAUGCGAAUAGUCUUGGCAUUCAAAAGGUGCUCGCCGGUCUAUAGAUUGGCUUAUGAUGGGUGGCGUUUGGAUAGGACUGGGGCCACGGUUGGGGGUGCAUGGCGCACUGGACACGAGAAAAAUGAUCGGUUUAACCAUUUGUAUAAAAC